AUGGCCAUGGCCAUGAUGGACCCGCUUAUUUCUCCUCUUCUCCCGACACCCCGCGUCGACGUCUACAAGAUGCCCAGUCUCCUCCCUUGGGGCCUUCUUUUCAACGUCCUCCUCCCGCAUAACGACCGCUUCCGCCUCGACGAGGUCAUCCCUCAACGCCCGGGUCUCCCUACGUGGACGAUGCGGCUCGAGCUGGCUUAUCAUCAGUUCGAUCCCGCGGCGUGGGACAUUCUCGAGGAAGACGACGAGGCGGACUUGGCUAUUGGUUUUCAGCUACUCAAGGACGGACGAUUGCCGGGGAAAGCUGAGAGGACCGAGGACAUUGAACCGGUCGAGCGGACUCAGAUGGCGUGCUGGUCGCGGAUUGUGCAGCGUUGGCAGCGCUUGUACGCUCUGCACGCCUGUCGCAAGCAGUACUUCCGACAAGUCAAGGCGACACAUCCUGACUGGACCGACCAGGACGUGCGCGCGAAUCUUCCGUUGGGCGCCAACUUCGCCCCUCCGCCCGCAGCCAGCAGGUCUCUCUGGCCGCUCCCAAUUCCGCACCCCGACCCCGGUCGACGCCCUCAUCUCAUCGACCUCUGCGCGUCCUACUUCAAUUCGUCGCGCUAUCGCCUUCGGGACGAGUGGACGACCGAGGCGGAAUCUCGCGGGCGGCUGAUGGACGAGGUCGGGCGGGCGCGCCGAGCGAAACUCGAUGCCCGUGUCCGGCUUGGCAGGACUGAAGAGGCGGAGUCGGCGCCAGGCGGAGCAGUUGAGAAGGAGACGUCGGAUAGCCGACUUGCGCAGGGUGGAGCGGUCUCUCGCGGUCAGAAAUCGGCACCGAUGAUCACGUCGUCGUUUGGGCGCAAGGAGCAUGUGGAUUGA